GCGAUUAUCAGGAAGUAGACAGACUGCUGUGAGUUUGGCCGACGCCAAAAUAACUACAGCAGAGGUGGAAAGACCCUAAAUACACAAAUAGACAGAGGAGAGUUUAAAGAAAGCCAAGAAAGACGCUGCAGAGAAAGUUAAAGGCAAGGAGGCCAUGAAUCGGGUCCCACUGCAGCAGCCGCAGACCUGCGGGCCAUGGGAGCUGAAGGAGCGGCUCGGCACUGGAGGCUUCGGGAAUGUCACAAGAUGGCAAAAUAAGGACACAGAGGAACAGAUUGCUUUAAAGCAGUGUCGUCAGGAGCUGAGUGAAAGAAACAAAGAGCGCUGGUGUCUGGAGAUACAGAUCAUGAGGAGGCUGGACCAUGUUAACGUGGUUGCUGCACGAGAUGUUCCUGAGGGGAUGCAGAGACUGGUGGCCACUAAUGACCUGCCGCUACUCGCCAUGGAGUACUGUCAGGGCGGAGAUUUAAGAAAGUAUCUGAACAUCCUGGAUAACUGCUGUGGAAUGAGGGAGGGAUCCAUUCUCAUUCUUCUACGGGACAUUUCUUCGGCUCUGACCUACCUCCACAGUAAGAGGAUUAUCCACAGGGACCUGAAGCCAGAAAACAUUGUUCUGCAGCAGGGAGAGAAAAGGCUCAUCCAUAAAAUCAUAGAUCUCGGCUACGCUAAGGAGUUGGACCAGAGCAGCCUCUGCACAUCGUUUGUGGGAACAUUACAGUACUUGGCCCCAGAGCUUAUUGAGAGGCAAAAGUACACAGUUUCAGUGGAUUACUGGAGCUUUGGCACAUUGGUGUUUGAGUGCAUCACUGGGUUUCGACCGUUCUUACCGACUUGGCAGCCUGUUCCUUGUUCCUCUUUAACUUUCUUUCGUGUGGGAACUGUUGCUUGCAGUCUGUUAACAGAGAGGCUGGAGAAGUGGCUCCAGCUGAUGUUAAAGUGGUCACCGAAGGAGCGAGGCAAAGACCCCAACGCUACCCCCAGUGACUGCUUCCUCCAGCUGGAGAUGAUACUCAAGCUCAAGCUGGUUCAUGUCCUCAACAUGAUGUCUGCCAAAAUCCUGAUAUAUGCCAUUUCUGAUGAUGAGACUGUGGCCAGCCUGCAGCUGAGAAUUGAAAAAGACACCAACAUUCCUGCAGCCAAUCAGGAGCUGCUGCUGGAAGCAGGACUGGUUUUAGAAGCAAAUGCACUGGCCUCCCAGUGCGCUGUAGAUUACAUGGAGGUAGAUGGACGACGGACAGACUAUCCUCUUGUGUUUCUGUUCGAUUGCUCCUCUUGCACUUAUGAACCUCAGUUUAGUCCUCGAAUCCUCCCUGAAAAUGUUCGCUACAUCCAAAAAGAUCCCAAGUGUCUUCUUCAGUACAGCCAGCUGAGGAGGACCUGUGGCCAGGUGUGGCACACCAUUCGCUCUCUGAAGGAAGACUGGCAACGGCUGCAGCAAGGCCAGAAAGCUGCCAUCAUGAGCCUCCUGAGACACAACUCCACUUUGUCCAAACAGAAGAUUGAGAUGGUUUCAAUGCACCAGAGACUGACAGCCAAGCUGGAUUUCUUCAACACAAGCCUUCACAUAGACAUGGACAAGUACCAGGAACAGACAGCCACGGGGAUUGCUUCUGAUAAACUUCUGAGUGUUUGGAGGGAAAUGGAGCAAACUGCCAUCAGCUGUAGUCAGGCCCAGGUGACCGAACUUGAAGACGAGAUGAUGAAGCUGCAGCCAGACAUCGUGGAUGUGCAGAGGCAACGGAGCGGAGAGACUUUGGACACGCUGGAAGGAAAAGCCAUGGAGUUGUUCCGCAAACUCAGAGAAAAACCCAGAGACCAGAGGAUGCCAGGAGACGGCAUGGAGGCGGCGCGCCUAGUGGUUCAAGCAGUUCAGUUCUAUGAAAAGAAAAUCAGGGAUUUCUACACAAUCCUCAGUAAGACUGCAAUGUGCCGCCACCGUGUGAUGGAGCUGCUGCCGAAGGUGGAGGAAGUGGUCCAGAAGUUGGCAGAGAGUGAGCAGGUCCUGAUGGGUCUACAGGAGAGAAGACAAAGGGAGCUGUGGAACCUGCUGAAAAUCGCCUGUAGCAAAGUUCGAAGCCCCGUGAGCGGAAGUCCCGAUGGACUCCGAACGCCUUCAUCAGUGCCUCCUCUGAUGACCCCCAGACACAGCGUACAGCAACUGGAUGAGUCUCUAGUUGAGGAGAGCAGGACAUUUGAGAGUCGCCUCCAGAGUUUACUGCAGGAAACUAUCCAGGAAUCAGAGAGCAGCAUGGAGAUGCUGAAGGAAUGGACGUGGCUGCGAGGAGAUCAGAAUUUCUCCAGUGACCUCGCCUAAAAUGAUAUUGCUUAAAUGUCCCUGUGCUGCCCCCGUGUGGAGGGCAAUUGUACAAGCAGGUGUAUGUACAGUCAGUUGUCUGAUUUGGUGAA